UCUUUCUUCUUUUUUUUUAUCCUCUUUCAUUACAGAUAAGUUUCUUCACCUUCCUAUCAGCAUUAUGUGUCGUCCUUCACCUCGUAGCAACCGCCCUAUCAGGUCUGAGCUGUGCCGAGCUUCAGGUCUUGACAGGAUGCACCAAGCACCCUGGCACUUUGGUCUGUUACUGCUGUACCUCCUCGCUUCCAUGCACCCCCACCGAAAAUGCAAUCUCGGUGGAGGGCGUCAAAGAUUGUUCCACUAUCUCGUCCACGAUACGACUGGUGAUGUUCAUCAUCUGUGUCGCAAACAUUGUAGCGUGUCUGAUCUGUAUAGCAGCCACCAUCGUCGGCUGCGCUUAUAUUGUCAAGAGACAUGCUAAUAGAAGGAUGGUAUUACGAAGGCCUCAUCACACGGGCAGUAUAGCAAGAGACUCUUAUAUUAGUGACAUAGGGGGUGUAAUAGACUCCGUCUUUACCCCUCCCCUAGUCCCACCGCCCCCAUACUCUCCGCCCGAAUACACGGAGAUCUCCAACGAUCCCAUCAUCAUAGAGGGACCGGACUUCUUAGACGACCUCUCAACGCCUACACCCGUCCUGCCCAUAGCGCCUCACGAGAUGCCCCCUCCGUAUUCAACACUCGACCUCCUCCCCGGGACUACAAUAGAAUGCUCCGUCGCUCAGGAAUUUCAGAUGGCUAACGAAGAGGUAGGCAAUCACUUUCGCUUUCUUCCUCUCAAUUUCCUUUAAAAAAUAGUUGUGGCUUCUUUCAAAAGGCUUUAUCAAUGGUACUUUAAAUACCGGUACCAUUUUAAAUUUUAUGCCAAAAAAAAAAUCUAAAAUCAAAGAAAAGUGAUAGAUAGUAAGAAAAGAAGGAUUGAGUGAAUAUAACACCAAAAAUCGAAUAUGAAGAUUGUAAGAUGCGCAUUGAAAUUUUUCUUUUAAAUUACAUUUACAAUGAUUCAACGAAACACCUGUCUACAAAGAUGAAUUU